CGAACUUGUUCCAUCUCUUAUCAAUGAUAAGUUAUCAUUUGCCAUGUGCUCGUUGGUUUUUUAGACAUGGGCACGAAGAAAGUAAAGAUCAGCUCAGUGAAGCGGACUGCUCAUUUGAAAUCAAAAAAAAAACCGAUAAGCAAACAGCAGCAGCUAAAAUUGAAGCAAAAGCGUGAACAAUUGAGCUCAAAGUGUGAACAUGGGCAAAACAUCUUCUCACAAAAGGCGCGGAAACGUGACAAUUUAGCCCAACGUAAGAAAGGCAAUAAGCUGGCGUCACUCGGACAACUACGUCCCUUAAAUAAUGAUGACGACGCAGUUGAGGACGGUGACAUGUUACUGGACAACGUUGCUGAUAUGCUCGACGGUGACGAUUUAGCUCUAUUACAAGCUAAAAAACGCAAGCGUAAGGCAAGAGCGGCUGAGGAAGAUCAGCAGCUAUCGGUGGCCCUUGAAAUGGCCUUUGCAACGGCCAGCAAAAUAGAGCAGGAUGCUAUAAAGAUAAAAGUCGACUUGCUUCCUAUAAAAUCGCGAGAGGGGGAGAUUAUAACACGAAGCACCAAAGUUGACUAUUUGUCCAAGCCAAAAAAAUACAAGGCAGUGGAGGAGGAAUCCAUUUUACUGUCAGAAUCAGGCGACAAAAACAGUAUCUACGAUGACAGUGACGAUGACGUGGUUAAUGAUGAGAAUGAAAUAACAACGGCCAAAAUGAUCUCUACCACGGAUUUAUUAAUUGCUCGCCAGCAGGAAGUGGAACGCCAUAAAUAUCGCAUUGGCAUCAUUUGCUCAGGAAUACUGGAGAAGCCAGAAGAUAAGAUGCGCAAUUUCAAUGCGCUUUACGAGCUGAUGGAUGAAAUUAAUCAGAGCAGUGGCUUUGCCAAUCUGCUAGCCGUGCGCAAACUAGCCAUUGUUUCAGUCACGGAGUUAUUCAAGGACAUUCUGCCGGAAUAUCGAGUGGGCCAAAUUGAUACCAAGAUGCAAACUGUGCGCAAGGCUACCUUGGAGCGUGUGACUUUUGAAAAUGCUUUGCUGCAGCAGUUUAAGAAGUUUCUGCAGAAGCUGGAGCAGUUGACGGCACAGGUGAACAAACGUGGUGGACAAAAAAAUGCUCAAACCAUAAAGCUUGCCGCGGUGGCUGUGCAAAGCAUGUGCGAUCUUCUCUUAGCGCAUCCCUACUUCAACUACGUCCAGAACAUUGCCCAGCUGUUGGUCUACAUGCUGAACUGCAAUUAUUGCCUCAUGAGAAAAACUGUAAAUCAGUGCUUCCGCACAUUGUUCAACAAUGACAAGCGACUGGACAUGACACUUUUUGUGGUGCGGCGCAUUAAUCACCUGAUUAAGACUAAGCAAAACAAUGUGCAUAUCGAGUGCAUCACCUGUCUAAUGGGCCUGAAGAUCAAGCAUGUCAACUUGGAUGCCGACAAAGAGAACGAACUCAAGCAAAAGAAACUUGAGUCGCAUCGCCAGCGACUGCUCAGUUUGUCGAAGAAAGAGCGUAAACGUCGAAAAAAGCUCACCGAGGUUACAAAGGAGCUGGAGGAAACUCACGCUGAGGAAAACAAACAAACCAAACACAACAAACUUACUGAAAUCAUUAAAAUGGUCUUCACAAUAUACUUUCGCGUGCUUAAAAAUGAUCCUACAUCGCGUGUGCUUAGCGCCAUACUGGAGGGUCUAUCGGAAUUCGCGCAUGUAAUUAAUCUGGAGUUCUUUGCCGACCUCAUUGACGUGCUCAAUAGUAUACUGGAAGAGCAGGCCCAAGAUUUAGGUUAUCGGGAGAAAUUGCACUGCAUUCAAACAAUCUUUGUCAUACUCUCCGGCCAGGGCGAGGUGCUGAACAUUGAUCCUAUACGCUUCUAUCAGCACUUCUAUCGUAGUAUGCUAGUGGUGCAAGCGGGCAAGACCCACGAUGACUUCGGGAUUAUCUUACGCACCCUUGAUGAGGUGCUGGUUAAGCGGCGACGCAACAUGAGUCAACAGAGACUAAUGGCAUUUGUCAAGCGUUUGUUAAUUGGCAGUCUGCAUCUACUACACAAUGGUACGCUCGCAACACUGGGCACCAUCAAGCAGACCUUUCAGCUGACCUCGGUUCUAGACGCUUUGCUUGACACAGACUCUACUACAGGUUCGGGCCAUUACGAUCCUCAACUAGAUGAUCCCGAGUACUGCAAUGCGGCAAGCACUGCGCUUUAUGAGCUCACCCUACUUGCCCGUCACUAUCAUCCCACUGUACGCCGUAUGUCGGGGCAUAUAGCUAGCGGAGUUCCAGGCACUGGGGAAGGAGCACUUCCAACCGAAAUUGGCAAACUCAAUGCCCAUGAGCUCUUCAUCGAAUACGACAGCAGUAAGAUGGCCUUUAAUCCCACUAUACCUUUGCCUAAAAAGAGUGAAGUCAAAUUGAAAAAAGGCACGCAACAAUUCUUAUGUUCCGAAUUCAAAAAGGAUUACAGGAAAUUUCUGUGUGCUGCACCACCAGCCAUUUUAACAAACGCAAUUUACUAUGAUUUUCUAGGCGCUAUCCGAGCCCCUAGCAAUACCAUCACCUAGAUAGUUUUAAGGGCCAAUAUAUAAUAUUUUAAGUGAAUGAAAGUUUAUUGCUCAAGAUAGAUACAAAGUGUGUUAGCAAAUAACUACAAAAUUAAAUAGGUUAAACAGGGUGCAGUUUAUAGAAGCUCCCAGGUGUGGGUUAAGUUUAAAGUUGCUGAUGCUCUUGGUUCUGCUGCACCGAAAGAUGUGGAUAUUACUGGCAUAGGGACUGGGCGUAGUAGUGCUCGCACACAAAAUAAAAUAGUAAUGAAGGUAACUUGGGCUUCAAGAAGGGCCACACAAGACGUUCGAGAGUUUUUCGCUGUCGUGCAGAUGCACGACAACCACCCUUAGGCAAGAAGGUUACAAAAUACUCGGUAUACGCUUGAAGCAUCUGUACGGUUAGUUUGCUGAUUAUGAGCGAUCGACUUGCUUGUUUCUCGCUUGCUUACUGCAGUGCUUGCGUCUAUGAAUGUUAUUUAAUGUGAUCGAUCACAUUGUAUGUAAGAAUAUAUUUUGCUAUUUAUUGUGAAAGUUCUUUGGCAAUAAAAAAAUAAGGCAAAAA